CAUAAAACUAUGUUAGAAUUAGAAUUUGUUUGUUUAGGGUAACCCAUUUUUCAACUUUGAAAUAUCAUCCCUCUCUCUUCCGCCGCCUGUUCCGAAUCCGAUCUCGUCCUCCGCUGUCACUUGCCAAGGUAAUAGAUGAGAGGAAGGAGCUAUAGUCCGUCACCGCCCAGGGGUUAUGGCAGAAGAGGAAGAAGUCCUAGCCCCAGAGGUCGUUAUGGUGGCCGUGGCAGAGAUCUCCCAACCAGUCUUCUAGUUCGCAACCUUCGCCACGACUGUAGGCCUGAGGAUCUUCGUAGACUCUUUGGACAAUUUGGUGCUCUUAAGGACAUUUACCUACCGAAAGAUUAUUAUACUGGAGAACCCCGAGGCUUUGGUUUUGUCCAAUAUGUAGAUCCUGCUGAUGCUGCGGAUGCAAAAUAUCAUGUGGAUGGUCAAAUUCUUCUUGGUCGAGAGUUGACUGUUGUUUUUGCUGAGGAAAACAGAAAGAAGCCCACUGAGAUGAGAGCAAGAGAAAGAAGGGGCCGAUUUUCUGAUCGAAGAAGGUCUCCACCUCGUUAUUCUCACUCUCCUCGAUACUCUCGUUCUCCGCCACGUCAUAGAUCUCGGUCUCGAAGUCGUGAUUAUUAUUCUCCCCCUCCUAAACGAAGGGAGUAUUCAAGGUCGGUGUCACCUGAAGAUAGAAGAUACAGUCGAGAAAGGGAGAGAGGGAGAUCAUACUCACGCUCUCCACCCUACAACGGUGGCUCAAGGAGUCGUAGUCAGAGUCCAGCCAAGGGUCAAAGCCGGAGCCGCAGUCAGAGUCCGAAUCGUGAUGAUUAUGCUGGGGAACCAGCUCGUGGUCGGUCGCCCAGUCAAUGAGAUGCCUUAGACCUUCACCAGUUGGACCGUGCGGAUGUUGGAUUUUGUUUAAAAAUGUGGACAAUUCUCCUCUGUUGUAACUUGAAGCUGAAGUCAGACUACUUCGUUGUUAGAAUGAAAACUUAGUAUCAAAAGUUACGUUUUUAUGAGGGAUUGAUUGUUGAUAAGCGUUACGUUUUAAUGAGGGUUGUUAGAAUUAAUGCAGUCUUGGUAGUAA